UUCGCUCUCCCCAUCACCCGCCAUUCUUUUCUGCAAUAUCCAUAAUCCAAUCUUCACAUUAAUUUGGUGGUGGAGCUGGCGACCUUGGCCCUGCCUCUGGCGGUGCUGUUUCUGUUCUACUUCUUUUUCUUGAUUUGAAUAUUCGCCUAAACAAGUAAAAUAAAAUGGCAUACAGAAGGAAGCAGGGGAUGAGCAGAUCAUCCACUUUCCAGGAAGAGACCAUUUUCCGUUCCCCUGUGGACCCAAAGCCGCAGGGGAUCAGCAGAUCAUCCACAUUUCAGGAAGAUAGCAUUUUUCGUGCUUCCCCUUCUUCUUCGUCUCUCGCAGCUCAGGCUAUUGCCGCUCAUCGUGAUCUAUCUCAGGUUGGUCUUUCCAAUGGUUAUUCAUCACUUACUCCAAGUACAAAUGAGGGAGGUGGUUUAUGGGGAGUAGUAGCUAGGAAAGGGAAAGAAAUUCUUGAAGAUGGUAAUCAAUAUGAAGCUCCCAACAGCAGCAUCCGAAAAGAAAGCCAGGGAGGAAGUACAAUUGCUGAGACGUCGCAAGAUCAUAUGUCAAGUGUACGAAGCUCGUGGCAGAUGCAAACGACUCGGCCACAAACACAAACAACUAGUCAUGAAGAUCAACUAAAGGCUUCUCGCGACGUGGCAAUGGCAACUGCAGCAAAAGCCAAACUACUAUUACGAGAGUUAAAGACUGUUAAAGCUGAUCUUGCAUUUGCGAAGCAACGUUGCUCUCAGCUAGAAGAAGAAAAUAAAAUACUUCGCGAGGCUCGUGAGAAGGGAGAUAACCCUGCUGAUGAUGACAUGAUACGGCUUCAACUAGAGACGCUAUUAGCAGAGAAGGCUCGUCUAGCACACGAGAAUUCAGUGUAUGCGCGUGAGAAUCUCAUCUUAAGAGAGAUUGUAGAGUAUCACCAACUGACAAUGCAGGAUGUUGUGUAUUUGGAUGAAGGCAUUGAAGAAGUUACUGAAGUUUCCUCAAUACCUGCAGUCUCAAGAAUGCUCUCUGCUUCCCCUCCUUUAUCCCCUAAAUCCAUGCAUUCACCAUCUAGAUCCUCCUCUCUCACAAAGGAAACAACUCUUGGUUCCCAAGUAAAACCAAAUCAUCAACACAAUGAAGAUUCAGCAAGUUCCUACAGUUCAACUUCAGCUUCCAAGGGGAAAGACUUAGCAAGAAAAUGAUCAACUCUUGCUGAACUACCAAUCUUGAUUUUCUGGUUUCAUAAAUAAUUAAUUUUUGUCAAGUAUUAUUCCAUUUUUUGUUUGGGAUAUGGUUGGUAUGAAGGUGAACUAAGAGGAAUUUUCCAAAGAGGUGUCUUGUAUUUGUGGUGCUUCUUUUCUUGAUUGGUUCAUUCUUUUCUUGUAUUAACGGCAAUGUUGCGUGGACUCUACAAAACACUGCCGUUUUCGUGUCGGAUUCUCCAAAAAUAUACUACUUUUAAAGGAUCCAACAUGCGUCUGACGGCAUUUUCGGAGAGUCCGAGCAACAUAGAUUAAUGGAUGUGUAUUAUUUGGUUUUUCUGCUCUGCAUAGAGAAGCCAGCUCAAUCCUCCCUACUUGAAUUUGAUUGUUGCUUUGCCUC